AUGAUCCCUGACGAUUCAAAUGGUGUACACUUUGAUAUCACACCAGAAAAUUUCGGAUUUUUCAUCAAGUUAAACACGGAAAGAAACGUUCUUAUCUCCUACAAAAAUACCAUCACGCAGAAGAAGGAACAAUUCCAGAUGAGUAGCUCGAAACAAUUGACUGAUUUGGACAGAUGCACACCCUAUAUUUUUGAAGGACGUUUUGCUGAGCAACCGUAUAGCACACCGUGGCAAUCUGUCACUAUCGUCACCGAACCGGAGGUGAUACAAAUCACGGAAUUCAAAGCCACUGGGCCGAUGGAAACGAUGAUUGCGGCAAAAGUGGUCACAAGUGGCUACUGUGCGCUUACGUACACGUUAAACGGUGUUGAACGCACUGAUGAAGGAGAUCGACAAUUUUAUGGAGGACCGUUUGUAUUACGAAUUCGUCCGGAAACCGGAGCAAUCAUUACCAAGGUGAAAAAUGGCUACACAGUAGCAAUGCGGUAUGAGAUUUACGGUGACCCAGGAUGCGGAAAAAGGAUAUUGGGCCUGAUCCCCUUUGCGGAAGCGCAAGUCAAACCAGUCAGUGCUGCAAACCGCAUCAUCGAUGUUGGUACGUUUUCAAAUCAAUAA